AUGGGCAUGUCAAACCCGAUUGAGGAGGAGGAGGAGAAGGAGGAGGAGGAGGAGGAGGAGGAGGAGCCGGGAGAGAUUUCAACGGCAAAGUGGGUCGCGGUUCCGAGACAAGGCGGAGCCGCCGCCGCCGCCGUUGCCGACCAAGGUAACGGAGCGCUCGCCGGGGUGGCUGCGGUGGGUCCCGAGGGGGAGGCGUGGUUCGGCGCGGCCGGAGCCGGAGCUGAGGCUGCUACUGCCGGCGGCGGCGGCGGUGAUCCGGACGCGGGGAUGGGAGACGCUUUCGUCGCCGCGGGGGGGGGUUGGGAUGGGAGUGACGUACAAUUGGAGGCGGCUAAUGUCGCGGCGGAGGCGGCGGCGGCCGUGAAUCUCCACGUCCCGGGUGUUGCCAUGGACAGCGGGGAGAGAGGAGGAUCAGCGCAAGACGGCGGGGGUGGCGGCGACGCAGAUGAGAAAACCGGGGGGGUGGCAGCCGAGACGGGGGCAAGAGUCGUAGACAGCGGCCACGGAAAGAAGCUUGAGGGCCUCGCUGUUGAUCUUGAGCACGGGCUCCACGACCAGGCUCAUGCUGCCGCCGAAGCGGCGUUGGCGGCCGAUGUUGCGGCUGCGGCCGCCAAACGCGCGGGGGAAGAGGACGAGGGGCCUGUGGUGGACCGCAUACAGGAGGACGGGAAUGGGCAGGGGGGGGUGGUGUCGGCGCCAGACGACGCUGUCCGGGAGCAGAUCAAGUACCCCCAGCCGGCGCCGAAGCCGCCCGCACGCCCGGUGAAGCGGUGGAUCAAGAGCGAUCGACCUGCCCACAAGGACGAAGGGAGCACAGCAGUAGGGAGAGAAGAGGACCAGAGAGGGGAGCUAGGGUAUGGGCAGCAGCAGCAGCAGCAGGAGCAGCAGCAGCAGCUGCUGCAUAAAGACGGGGUUGAAAACCGCGCUGGGGAUGCCAGGGAGAGGGGGGCGGACGGUGGAGGGUUUGGACGAGAGAAGGAGGACGGCGGGGUGCAGGGAGGGGUUGGUGAACACCCGGGGGGGACGAUGCCCGGAGCGAGAGCAGGAGCAGCUGCAGCGGGGAACGACACGGAGGCGAAGAGCCUCGUGGAUGCGAAGGUGGGCCUUGCCAGCCUGAGGACCAUCGAGACGGAGGUGGAGAAGCAUGUUGAAGAACUCCUCGGUCUCUUCACCGCAGAGGCUCAAGGCGGGAGGAAGUACCAAGCUGCGGCUCGAGGGGUGCAGGAAGAGGUGGAGGACAUAAGGUCGGAGCUGGUGAAGCUGCUGAGGACUCUCAACACCACAGACGCUGGCAUCCUAGGGGCGGAGCACGAGAUGCAGAAGAAGGAGCUCGAGCUGGUGCAGCUGCACGCGAUCGAGGAGGUGGAGGGGGCGAAGGACAAGCUCACGGGCGGGAAGGUCAAGGUGGACUACGCCACCGGCAAUAUCCGAUGGGACGAGGAGGACCUCACUGGCGACACGAAGGGGGAAAAGGUCGGCACCGGGGGCGGCGCGGACGGCACGGGGGGCGACGCGACAUCCAAGUCCAAGAGCAGGGAGGAAAUGCUAAAGUCCAGCGAGUGGAGAAAGGAGGUCGAGAGGAUGAAGGAAGAGUGGGACCCCGCGCUGCUGCACCUAGACGCCACCCUCCUAAGGGACUUCGUGGUGCUGUGCAUGAGCGCCGCCCUCGGAGGUGUCCUCGCCGCGGGAGUAGGUCUUCCCGAGACCCUCGGCUACAUCGUCGGGGGCAUGGUGGUGGGGCCCAGCGGGGUGAACAUGAUUCGCAUGGUGAAAGAGGUGGAGACGUUCGCUCAGUUCGGCUCCAUCUUCCUCCUCUUCGGCCACGGCCUUACGUACUCGACCUUCAUGAACACGGGCCGGCCUAGCGCCAACGUCUACGCGCCCCAGGGGCGGAUGGGAGCGUUUACGGUGCUUUUCGUGGUGUUCUCUGCCCUCCUGGUGUGCGCAGCCGUGCUCGGAAUCGACGACGGGGUGGAGAGCGUUGUCCUGUCUGCCGCCGUCACGCUGUCGUCCACGGCCAUGGUGACCGAGUUCGUCGCUCACAGCCGGCUGGGAGACACGGCCUUCGCCCGCAUGGUGGUCGAUCUAGUCUCUGUACAAGACCUCGUCAUGUAA